CCUCCGUUCCGCCCAGGUUUGGAAAUAACCAACAAGAAACAAAACCCCUUCAGUUUCCCUUCUCCCCAGCCGCCCCCAACCCCGACCCCGACCCCGAGCUCUCCCCCAGAUCCUCCCGGCCCAUGGAAGGCCCCGCCGCCGCUGCCGCCGCCGUCUCCACCCUCUCCGCGCUCGCCGUCUUCGUCAGCACCGUCGACCGCGGUGCCGUGAGGAGCGCGCACGGCUACAGGGUCGCCGGCAAGGGAGGGGGUUGCGGCUGGGAGCGGUGGGUGGAGCGGGAGUUCGCCUUCACCCCCACCUCGGCCCGCGAGGUCCCGCUCCCCAACGACGCGCAGCGCCUGCUCCCGGCGGACUGGCGCGGCCGCCCCGUCUACCGCGAGGGCCAGAUUGUCGGGCCCUGGCGCUGCAUCCUCGCAUUCGAUUUCGUCGCAGCCGUCGCCCCGCCGCCCGUGCCGCCGCCCCUUCUCUGCUCCUUCAGGAACCCCAGGCUUAUGUGUGUGCCUUCCCUGUACAACGACCUCACAAAGGUGUUCCAGUUUCAGAAACUGGAAGAAAAGGUUCCAGAGCUCGUUCAAUGCGAUUCAGAUGAGAAAAUGACCACUUCGGAUGCAAAGGACAGAGUUUCUGUUAAGCAAGAAGCAGGGUCUGAUACCGAUGAGCAUCCUCAAUUUGGUGAAGAUCUUCUCGCAUCAGCUGAGAAGCAGAGGCGAGCCCACCGGGAGUAUAUAGCUAGCAUUACUCUAAAUGACAUAUCUCAGUACUUCCAUCUUCCAAUCAGAGAAGCAUCCAGGAGUCUGAAGAUUGGACUCAGCAUUCUGAAGAAGAAAUGCCGGGAAUAUGGGAUACCUCGCUGGCCUCACCGGAAACUCAAGUCCCUUGAUGCGCUGAUUAAUGAUCUUGAGUUUGUGAUUGACGAGGAAACAGAAAGAGACGGCGUGAAGCAGGAGGAUCACGGAGAGAAUGAGAAGGAGAACCAAGAUGCAAUCAAGGCGCUCGCUAAGCGUAAGAGGAUGCUGGAGACUGAGAAGGCGACCAUCCAGCAAAAACCGACCCUGGACCUGAUGGAUGAAACCAAGCAGUUCAGGCAGUACGUUUUCAAGAGGAAAUUCAGGGCAAAAACCCUAGUGUGCGGAUAGAUUUGAUGUCAUCUUUUAGACUAGGCAAUCAGCUGUCGUGCCAUUUGUAACUAGUAGAGAACUCCCUGGACAGGUACCAAAGAUGGCCAAAGCUAUCCGGUUAACUUAGCCUGGUGUCAACAGACGGUAACUGAGGCAUGUUGUACCACCAGUAUCUUGAACUAUGCUUAAGCUCCUCUUCGCAGACCCUGUUGUUAUAUAAUGUGGUGGUGCUGGAGUUUCAUGA